CUGCAGACCACAGCAAAAGAAAUCUUUAGACAACGUCCUUCACAUUUUCACACAGACAGAUGAGAGGAGCAGCUAUGAGAUUAAAUACAGCAGUGAGAGGAUUUGUUGUCGUCGUUCUCUCUGUGUCAGUGGUACAGAGUCAGGAUGGCUGGGGAGUGACUUACACUUCUACUCAGAUCUGUGCUGUGAAAGGAUCAACGGUGGAAAUAAAAUGCAGAUACACAUACCCAUACAGGAUACAAUAUCAAACUUAUCAAUCUUAUCAAAUGUAUCAUGUAACUACUGAAGUUCAAGACAAAUUGUGGUUUACUAAAGGAACCAGUCAUAAUCCUGUGGAUCUGAAAUCAGACUCAGACUACACAGGACGAGUGGAGUAUCGUUUUAAUCAGAAGGACUGCACUCUGAGAAUCACAGAGCUGAGACAGAGCGACUCAGCUGUGUACAAGUUCAGAUUCAUAACAAACCAACAAGGAGGGAGCUAUACUGGUUCACCUGGAGUCACUUUGACUGUCACAGAUCUCCAGGUGCAGGUGAUCACAUCACAGCACCAACAGGAUGGUACCCAGGUACAGCUGAAAUGUCACAGCAGCUGUCUGCCUGAUCGUCCUUCCUAUGUGUGGAUGAAGAAUGGGCAGGUCAAUCUGAGAGAAAGAUCUUCUACUCUUCUGUAUUUUUUAUUUCCUGAAGACAACAUUUCCUGUGCUCUAAAAGGACACGAGGAGUUUCCCUCUCCAUCAGUGUAUGCUCCAAAGCUUCCCUCUGUGUCAGUGAGUCCCUCUGCUGAGAUAGUGGAGGGCAUUUCAGUGACUCUGACCUGUAGCAGUGAUGCUAACCCAGCAGCUAGUUACACCUGGUACAAGGAGGAUGAUCAUAAACAUCUCAGUGAAGGCUCACAGCUCGUCUUCAGCUCCAUUCAGUCCUCUGACUCUGGACAGUAUUACUGUAGAGCUGAAAACAAGCUGGGGAUGAAGAGGUCUGGAUCCAAACUUACUGAUGUGACAUAUGCUCCAAAGCUUCCCUCUGUGUCAGUGAGUCCCUCUGUUGAGAUAGUGGAGGGCAGUUCAGUGACUCUGACCUGUAGCAGUGAUGCUAACCCAGCAGCUAAUUACACCUGGUACAAGGAGGAUGAAGACUCACCUAAAACAUCAGGACAGAACUUCACCAUCAGCAACAUCAGACCUGAGCACAGUGGGAGUUAUUACUGUGUGGCCCACAACAACAGAGGGACUCAUAACUCCACCUUACAGCUGACUGUUGUAGCAGGAGCAGGAACAUUAGAAGCUGCUGGAGUAACUGCUGCUGUUCUCCUGCCUGUCAUAUUCUUCUCUGUCUUCCUGUGGAUUCAAAAAAAGAGGAUGUCCAAGGAACCUGUUAAAUCUGAAGACAGAGCCAACAACAGAGAACAGUGUUUACCUGAUCAGAGACAGCCAGAGGAACAGGAUGAUCUUCAGUAUACCAGCAUCCACUUCUCCAAUAACCAGGCAGAUCCUCUCUACUCCAACAUCAGAGCAGCUCAGCCUCACAGACACAUGCAGGAACAGGACGUUACUGAGUACACUGCUGUUAGAUUUAACAGAGGCAGUGCAGCCAAGAGAGACAGAAGUCAGGAAACAGGAGAGUCUUCAUGUGCACUGUACUCCACAGUCAACAAAACCAGAUGAAGGGACGGGUUGAUGAUGAUGAUGUGAUAUUUAUGUUGACUUAAAAAACAAGAUUUAAGCUCAAUUGUAGCUAAAUGGUUUAUAAAAUAGGUGAAAAUGCAUUAUAUUGUUAUGUUUAGUAGAAAAAUGUUACUGUUGUGUAAAGUAUUUUCCUCUUUUUUGUAUAUUUGUUGUUGUUGUUGUUGUUAAAUAUCACACUUUUAAUAAUAG